AUGGCCAUCCCCGUGGAAGAGUUUUUCGCUGGGUCGAGCAGCACAGCGCUGAAGAGGGUGCACCGCCAGCGGUUGAUGGCGUUCGGCGUUGUACUCGUGGGGUGCACGCUCGUCUCUUGGAUCCUGGUGAUCUUGUGUUGGCAGCUCACGCCCAGCACGCGUGGGCCCGGGUCUAGGAUACCUGCGGAUUUCCUGUCCAUCAUGGUGGUGGCGCUGUGCCACAGCCUCGCGGUGUUCUCGCGGUACCUCGUGUGCGACGCGGACGAUGCCCCCCGCCGCCGCGCCGCCUCCGGGGGCUUUUCCUUCUCCGCCCUCGCCCUACCCAACCUGGGACAGGGGCUCGCGACGGUCGUCGCCCACUGGCUCAUCGGCAUGGCUCUCGGGUUCUUCGCAUGGAACUUCGCGGCACCUAGGGGAGGAGCGGAUGGGAUAGUCAACGAGUUCAUGAAGUUUGGGGGGAAGGGGAUGAUCCAGCUGAUGGUACUGCUAUACAAUUGGGUGUGGAAAAACGAGUAUACGCCAAGUAGAUGGAGGGAAGGAGUGGUUGUGAACUUGUUCAAGAAAGGAGACAAGACUGACCCAGGAAACUACAGGGGGAUCACACUGUUGAACACAGUAGGAAAAGUGUUCUGUAAGCUGCUGAACGAUAGGAUAGUGGGAGUAUUGGAGAAGGAACAUAGCAUUACGGGGGGGCUCGCGGAGACCUCCGGCGCGCUCGGCGGCCUCGUGGCCGGGGGCGCCGCCUGCAGCGCGUGGUCGGCGGUCUGCUUCCUGAGGGAGCGGAGGCACCACCUCCGCCUCGGCCUGCCCAGCGGUGCGGCCAUGCCGGCCUACCUCCGGGGCGAGGCCUGUGGGAGCGCGAAGGAGGGGCUGCUUUGCGGCGCCGUCAUCGGGGCGGGAUACCUAGUGGUGCGGACCGUGAGCGAGCUGCUUACCGGGAGCAUGGUGGGACGCGCGCUGUCGGUGUUGCUCGGUCUUUCCGCCGCUGCUUCGACCUCCGAGGGAGCGGACGGCGGGGGUGGCCAGCCCACGGUGGGAGAGGGAGUGGGGCGCCUGCUAGUCGCCUACCUGAUCGUGGUAUCGACGGCUGCCAACUUUGCGCUGCACGGGUUUUUGACCAAGCUCAUGAACUUCAUCAUCGUGGCGUCGCAAGACUUCCUGCGACUUUGGCAGGCCACCGUGGACGCCGCGAGCGACGAGCAGGACCGGGCGGGAGGACGGCCGGCGGCGGCGGCGAACGUGCCUGCCAGUCCCGCGGCCAUGCUUCUAGACUCGCUUUCGAUCGGCCACGAGACCGUACUGCGGACGGCGGAGCGGGACUUCCUUCAGGCCAGGGGGCUUGGCGGCGGUAACGGCGGUGCGGGGGGUCAUGAAGCCUCUUCUUACACCAGAGGCCCGAUGUCUGACUGGACGGAAGAGACGGAGCUGCAGAGACGCGCCGUCGCUCUCGCUUGCAUGGAGCCGCCGCGGACGGAGCGGCGGCGCGGAGGCGGGGUGGGGGUGAGGGGCAUCGUCAGAAUGCCCUUUUCGUACACAAGGGGGGUAGUGGUCCCCGUCUGGGCGCAGGUCGCCAAGGCACAGGCCCUGCAGUCGCUCGCGCUCAGGGCGCCGUGCGACAAGAACCUGCGGGUGGCGCUGUAUGAGGUCAACAUCGCGCAGGUGCUGCGCACGCUAUGCCUUGAGGUGGACGAAGCGAGUCUCCUGCUACAGGCCUCGGCGGUGGGAGAGGACAAGGCCGAGGCGGCGCGUGCCCUGGGGUGCGAAGGGCGAGGGGACAUUAAAUGGCUCGUCGAGAGUAUGGCUUCCUCCCGUGGAGAAGCGGGACGGCGGUGGCUAGGCUGGCUCAAUGACGGCCUGACCCUCCCGUUCAGCGGCACCCUCACGCUCGCUGGGCUAAUCGCUGUGCUGCGGCCGCUGAUGGCCUCCAAUGCCUCCGGCUCGGGUCGGGGUAGGGGCGGCGAGGAGGAGGGGGGGGUGGGGGAAGUGCUGAGUCCGGCGAGGCUGCAGAGCACGAUUUGGGCCGUGCAAGGCAUGAGCGCCCUGGUGGUGAACGCGCCAGGUGAGUCUAGGAUGUGGUCCCUCGACACCAUGCUGCCGGUGGUGCUUGGCAGCCUCUCCGGCCUCCUGCUUGCCGUGCAGGACCGGAGUCGAGGACAGGGCGGAGGGGGCGGCGACGAGGAUGGCGACCGGGAGGCGGUGUCGACGGAGGGUGUGCAACAACAACAACCACAGCAACAGCAACAGCAACAGCAACAGCAACAGCAACAGCAACAGCAACAGCUGCUGGUGGCGGCCCUAGAGGAAGCCCUGGCGAGGGUGUCAAGCAAGUACAGGAGCUGCUUGCCAGACUUGCGCUUUCCGCCGGUGUACGCGGAGACAAUCAACCGCUUCUGCGCAUCCUGACGUUUGGUGGACCCACCUCCCCUCCCAUCCCCGGCGGGCUUUGUUGCUCCGGCCCCCGGCCCCCCACCACCGGAGACCCGCGUGUGCCCGAUGGAAUGUGGCGGCGAGGGCGGGGCGGGAGUGAGAACGAGAUGAACAUAGUCGGUGCAAAUGAUCUGGUCUGCCCACCUCUACAUUCGUUAUUUGAUUGCGCGCAAAGUUUUUUUUUUUUAGUGUGUGCGGACCGCGGUUGUUCGUUGUUGGGUGAUAACGUUUCGUCGUCGUCGUCGUCGUCCGUGUAGUACGUCGUGUGUUGGUAAACUAGUGAAAAGUAUCAGUUGUGUGACCUGGGUGGUGCUUACAACCCCGCUGCUGCUGCUGUUCCUGUUGGUGCUCACGAUGGAAUCGGUUCUGGUUUUUACGGGCGCGCAUUGCAUGCACACCACGUUCUACAGCUGGCUUCCUGUGGAUGAACAAAUCUGGCUCACUUGCUCGCUGGUACGGGAGAGAGUUGAUGCGUUUUGUGGUCGAUCACAAGCACAGCUAGCUUGAUAUUCGCUCUCGGUUCCCCCCCUCCGAAGGAGCGACGCGAUCUAUCGCCCACAGCUUUCUGCUUUAUGUACCGAUUUAGAGACAGGCGCCCGCCCCUCUUGCUUGCUUGUUGGGGGAGUAGGGAUGGGGAAGACUCGGGUCGCGACGGCUGCAAAGUAAUGAUUCUCGGGGGGGGGGGUGUUGUCCGGUGUUGGCGCCAUGUUGUUGAUCUGCAGAUGGAGGAUUCGGGCAGCAUGGAGGCCGCAGUGUGGCAAAAGUAAGUGGGGGAAAAAACGUCCACUUCACGCGCAUGUUGUGCCCGCGAGGAGCGCAUGCGGCAAUCCAGGGAUCGCUGCUCUCUCCGUUCUUGAUAGACUCAUCGCGUUUAUGCGGCAAACCAAGUAAUGUUAAAUAGUAUAUAACAUUCGUGAAAUUGAUAGCGAAGCAUGAAAUUGAGAGUGAGACCCGAAAAAAUUAAAAUUCGGGUCC